ACUAGCUCUUUACAACAAACUGCAAAGUUUCCUCUUUUUCCUCUGGGCCUCUGAACAAUCUUGCUUAGCUUUAGACAUAGUACUGAAGUUUUAGAGCCACAGCAAAUCUCUCUCUAUCUCUCUUUUGGAUCAAUGGCAGCCACAGCGCCAGUGCAGCCCAUCCAGCCACCAGCGUAUGGUAAACUCAUCACCAUUCUGAGCAUCGAUGGUGGUGGUGUCAGAGGCAUCAUUCCAGGCGCCAUCCUGCGCUUCCUUGAAUCAGAACUUCAGAAAUUGGAUGGAGAGAACGCCAGAAUUGCUGAUUACUUCGACGUCAUAACAGGGACUAGCACCGGUGGUCUGGUGACCGCCAUGCUCACUGCUCCUGGUGCAGACAACCGACCCCUUUAUGCAGCCAAGGAUAUCAUCCCCUUUUAUCUCGAAAACUGCCCCAAGAUUUUCCCCCAGUCCAGUGACCCAUUGAGCGUCAUCCAGAAGCCAGUAGCUGGAUUGACUGGACCAAAAUAUGAUGGUAAAUAUCUGCACAAGCUCGUGAAAGACAAGCUUGGGGACACCAAAUUGCACCAAACUCUAACCAAUGUGGUCAUUCCCACCUUUGACAUCAAAUAUCUUCAGCCAGUCAUCUUCUCCUCUUAUAAGUUGAAAAGGGAUCCCACCAAAGACGCCUUACUCUCUGAUAUAUGCAUCAGCACAUCAGCCGCCCCUACCUUCCUCCCUGCUCACCACUUUGAAACAAAGAACGAAAAGGGAGAGACUAUUAGGAGCUUCGACCUUAUUGACGGGGGCGUUUGUGCGAAUAAUCCGACAUUGGUGGCGGUGAGUGAAGUUUCUUCUGAAAUGGUGCAACAAAAUCCAGAUUUUUUCGCAGUUAAGCCCACAGACUAUGGAAGAUUUUUAGUCAUCUCCAUCGGGACAGGCUCAGCCAAAGAUGAGCACAGAUACAAUGCUGAAUCGGCUGCAAAGUGGGGAAUGUUGGGAUGGUUGGUGAAUGGUGGGAGCAGCCCUUUGAUCGACACUUUCACUCAAUCAAGUGGUGACAUGGUUGAUUUCCAUCUCUCCGUCGUCUUCCAAGCAACUGGUUCAGAGAAAAACUAUUUGCGCAUCCAGCAUGAUCGUUUGACCUGGGAUGAAUCAUCGGUUGAUAAGUCAACCAAGGAAAACCUUGCCAACUUGGUGAAGGCCGGUGAAGCCUUGCUGAACAAACCAGUUUCACGUGUGAACUUGGAGACCGGCGGGUUCGAACCUGCCCAGGAUGAGGGCACCAACAAGGACGCCCUUGUGAGGUUCGCCAAUAAAUUGUCCCAAGAAAGGAAACGUCGGCUGACGGGAUCUGCCUAGACGGCUCGUGUAGGAAGGGGCUAUUUUGACGUUUAAAUGCUUAAUAUUGUUCCCCUUGUUUUAUUAUUGUCCUGUAGCUUCGGCCGGGGAACUUUUAAGAUAGUUUGUCAUAUUAAUUGUCCGAUAGAAUUACUAAUAAUGAAUGCCUCUCUCUUUUUCUGAUUAGCUCGCACUCUCUCCCCCUCCUCUUGCCUUUCCUUCCUGCUCAGAUUUCUGUUUUUUCAUGUUAUUUGCUCUUACUUUCUUU